UUAGCAUUAUGCAAUUAACAACAAAAACAGAGGUCAGCCAACGGCACCCACUUUGGACAUUAUAAAAAGCCCACUCCAACAGAACACGAGUCAAGAAGACAUCAGAGCUGUCCCAAACAGUAAUUAUGCUGUUCCUCCAACUACUAGCCUCCUUUUUCCUUCUCCUUCUUCCCUUACUUUCCAUCCUCUUCCUUACCAAAGCUUCAGCAGCACCCAAAAAGCAAUCCUCUCCACAACCCUCCACCACCACCACCCUCCCAAGAUCUUACCCUAUAAUCGGUUCGUUGUUGGCCGUGAUUGCUAACCGCCACCGCAGUAUCCAAUGGAUUUCAGACAUCCUCCAAGUCUCACCCUCCGCUACCUACCUCCUCCACCGCAACUUCGCCACUCGCGUGGUCUUAACCGCCAACCCAGCCGUCGUUCAGCACAUCCUCAAGACCCACUUCCACAACUACGGCAAGGGAGGCUAUUUUAGCAAAACCCUCAAAGACUUGCUCGGCCAUGGCAUCUUCAACGUUGACGGCGAAUCUUGGAAAUUCCAAAGACAAGUUGCCAGCCACGAAUUCAACACCAAGUCCCUGCGCAAGUUCGUCGAGACCGUCGUGGACACCGAGAUCUCCGACCGCCUCAUCCCCAUCCUCUCCUCAGCCGCCGCCACCAGAACAGUCAUAGACUUCCAGGACAUUCUUCAAAGGUUUGCCUUCGAUAAUAUUUGCAAAAUUGCUUUUGGAUUCGACCCCGCCUACCUUUUGCCCUCUCUUCCACAAACAAAAUUCGCUCAAGCCUUUGAAGAUAGUGUCAAGAUCAGCAGCGAGAGGUUCAGAUCAUUAAUCCCGCUCGUUUGGAAAAUCAAGAAGCUUUUGAAUAUUGGGUCCGAGAAGCGCCUGAGAAUCGCAGUCUCAGAAGUUCAAGAAUUUGCAAAGAGCGUAAUAAGAGAAAAGAAGCACGAGCUCAGAGAGAAGUCGUCGCUCGAUUCCGUCGACCUCUUGUCACGAUUCUUGAGCUCCGGCCACUCGGAUGAGAAUUUCGUGACCGACAUAGUGAUAAGCUUUAUACUUGCUGGGCGCGACACAACCUCCGCGGCUCUAACAUGGUAUCUUUGGCUGCUUUCGAAGAACCCGCAUGUGGAAUCCGAGGUUCUCAAGGAAGUCAAUGAGAAAUCCGAGGCGACCGCCUUUGACGAAGUGAAAGACAUGGUGUACACUCACGCUUCUCUGUGUGAAAGCAUGCGGUUGUACCCGCCUGUGGCGGCGGACUCGAAGGAGGCCGUGAACGACGACGUUUUGCCGGAUGGGACAGUGGUGAAGAAGGGAAUGAGAGUGACGUACAUACCGUAUGCAAUGGGGAGGUCAGAGGCACUAUGGGGAAAAGAUUGGGCGGAGUUCAAGCCGGAGCGGUGGCUGGAGAGGGAGGAGACGGAGAAUAGGCAGUGGAGGUUCGUGGGGAGGGACGCAUACACGUACACAGUGUUCCAGGCGGGGCCGAGGAUUUGCUUGGGGAAAGAGAUGGCAUUCUUGCAGAUGAAGAGGGUGGUCGCAGGGAUUCUUAGGCAGUUUAAGGUGGUUCCGGUGAUAGAGGAAGGUGUGGAGCCGGAGUUUGUUCCGCAAUUGACUUCCAAAAUGAAAGGUGGAUUGCCGGUGAUGAUUGUGGAGAGGGAUGAGAAAGAUUUUUUUAGAUAGCUAGGUAAAUGCUUUUAGUUUGGCUUUCUUGCAGAUGAAGACGGUGGUCGCGGGGGUUCUCAGGCGGUUCAAUGUGGUACCGGCGCUUGAGGAAGGUGCGGAGCCGGAGUUUGUUCCGCAAUUGACUUCCAAAAUGAAAGGUGGGUUGUAGGUUAGGAUUGUGGAGAGGGAAGAGAAAGAAUGAUUGGUGGGCAAGGCUUUAAGUUUGGAUAAUGGAUGGGGUUUUAUUGUAAUCUUUGUAAUUAUAGUACUAGGUUUUACCUUUUUCAUUUAAAUUGUGUAUUGGAUUUUCAAACUUUUA